GAACUUCUAACCAGGCCAACGACAUCACCAGGAAAAACUCAAGCUUCUGCAAUGCCACUUUCAAAUGAAAACCUAGGGGAGUCAGGCGAGGAUCCUUGUGACGUAGAGGAGAACUUUUCUACCAAACAACUGUUUUCAUUUGCCUGGCAAAUAGCUAAAGGAAUGGUAAUUAUCUUGUUUUCUGGAUAAUGCUGCUGGGAUUCUGAUACUGAGAAUAACUUGGAAAGAAGAAUUCAAAAGUCUAUAUUUUAUAAACAUGAAAUAGAUGGGAUAAAUAUAUUGGCUGUUUUUCUAGAUAUGAGUACAUUAAAAUGGCUUAUAUGGAAAAAAUUCUUUUUGGUGGACCCAGUUUUGGCUAAAUUCGUUUCGUUAUGCAUCUAAACGUAAAUAUUUGAAUCAGAUCAGUGCCGAUAUUUACUUUUCAUUUGUACUUUUUCAUCUAUACUUCACUACUUAGUGUUCCGCGUACCCCCGUUAUGAUGUUUUAAGAUCAUUUUAAUAGUUUUUUCGUUGCUUAUUUGUUAUUAGAAUCAUCUCGCCGAAAACAAUCUUGUUCACAGAGAUCUUGCUGCCCGUAAUGUUCUUGUUGGCCAUGACAACCAGAUCAAAGUGUCAGACUUUGGGUUGAUG